UCUCCCUGCAGUUACUCUCGGCUCAUAUCCCAGCAAGACAAACAUGAACCUGCCAGAUUCAGUCUCGCUUCUAUCUUUACAGUUUCUCUUUUCCAUAAACGGGGUCCUCUCUGGGGAUAAAGAGACAACCUGCCAAUGCUCGAAUACCGCCAGCUACUCGCUCACUUUCCACGCGGAGUGGAACCCCACUACCUUCCCAAAGCAGUACCCUACCCACCGGCCCCCUGCGCAGUGGUCUCGGCUCUUCGGCUGCUCCCAUGGGUCAGAGGAUGUGAUCUGGGCGGAUGGAGCACUGGCAUCCCCCGGAAUGAGAGCCUUUGUGGAGGAGGGGGACCCCGAGAUUCUGGAACAAGAGCUAACAGCUCCAGAGGCCAGGACACUGCACUGCUUCCAGGCAGAUGCCCUCCGCAGUGGAGAGGGACAACAAAGCACUGUGAUUACUGUCGAGCCAGCCUUGCCUCUGGUCUCAGUCUUGGUGCGGAUAGUUCCCAGCCCGGAUUGGUUUGUUGGCACCAAUAGCCUGCGUCUUUGCAAGGGUGGUCAUUGGUUGGAGACCGUAGUCUUUGACCUCUUUCCCUGGGAUGCAGGAACAGACAGCGGUUUUGUUUUCUCCUCCCCAAAUUUUGCCACCAGCCCACAGGAGCCCAUCUCCCCCAUAACAGCCCAGAGGCCCUCCCACCCUGCCAACUCGUUUUAUUACCCCCGCCUACAUACCCUGCCUCGCUUAGGGUACCUGAAACUCCACCUGCUGGCCACAGUUUCAGCCAACACACCUGGGGAAGGAACCAAUGACACAGAAGGCAUCGUUUGGAAUAAGACUAGAACCUGGACAGCCAACAUCACAGAGCAGAACAGGGUGACAUAUAAAUUACACAACAUAACUACAGACGUUAUCUAUGAUCUGGAGAACAUGGUAAAACAAGAGUCACCCAAACCUUAUCCCAAAGGCACACCUCUGGACUGCGAGGUCUCUGAUUGGUCUCCCUGGAGCCUGUGCAGUCAUACCUGUGGAAGGGGCCUGCAUCAGAAAACACGAUAUGUCCUUCUGCAGCCUGCCAAUGAUGGCAAGCCCUGCCCUGUGCUGCUGCAGCAGCAGGAGUGUGAGGAGCUUCAGUGUCCUCCAAAGCAGCUUGAAGAGCCACCUACCUCUGGAGCACUGAAAUCUACAGUGGGAAACAACACUGACCUCCCAAGUGCUGUGGACAUCCUGCCUCAAAAUGGUACCCUAGUUUUCAAUGGAUCCCUCGAGGGCAGCAAUGACAAGAACACUGCUGUGAGGGAGCCAGCCAGUACACACAUCCCAUACACACACCCCCCAAGCCCCUCCCAUCAGAAUGUAAUCCCGCCCAUUCACAAUUCCUCUGGUCGUGAUACACAAAACAUUCCAGCAAUGCUGGUAACUCCUCCUGUCAUCACAUCCUUCAAAAAUGAUUCACAGCCCUGAUCUCUCAAUAACACCCCUCCCCUCACAUGUAUACUGUAUGUCCUGCCACAACUAUAUGCCUAACCCUUCUUAUAAAUCAAUUAACAGCCUCCACACACCCAAACUCCAUCAUCUCAUAAGCUGACUCACUCGCCCCUCCUAUUACACCCGCAUAACACCUCCCAUAUCACACUAAACUCUUCAAACUCCUGUUAAAAAGUUACUUUAUUAUAAAAAACACUGUCUGAGCUAAGAGAUGAUUGUACUUACAUGAAUUGCUGUCUGUCAUAUCAUAACAGAAAAUAGUAAAAGCAUUACUAUCUUAUUAUUCUGAGAGGUUAUGAGUUAUGUUGCUCAGAUUGGUUUGGAGCUUGCUUUGAGCUCUCUCUCUCUCUCUCUCUCUCUAUGAGUUUAAGGGUCAUAUUGGCAUGUGACUUGAAUUGAAAGAGGAGGGAUAUUCAGUGUAGUGAGGAUGGUAAGACACCACUGAAGAGAUGGCACAAGAGUGGGAAGAAAAUUUGAGAGGAAGAGGAGCAGGGAAGGAGCCAGUCACUACACAUGGCAUGAAUGAAACUUUUUCAAUAUGCUAUGACAGUAAUACAGUACAUAGUUGAAUAAUCAAGUGUAUUGGUGCCAAUCCAGGUGAGAGAAGCAUUCCUCCGAGAGAUUUAUUUCCUUUCCGCAGCUAGCUUUCAGUUCCAUUCCCUGUGGCACAGGGUGAGAUCAUCCUGACUCCCCUAAUGGAAAAAAAACAGAUACUAUGAAUAUGAAUAUAUAUCAGAAGUAUGUAAACAGUCUGUUCUUUACGUCUCAAUGGUAGCCAAGCAGCGCUCCUGCAGUUCCGCACAAUCUAGCAUGAAUGGGCAAAUAAAGCCUCUCUAAAGGGUAAUCCACAACCUGUUCAAAGAGAGUUAAGACUGAAUUCAACAGUGUCCAAUGUCUAUCUGUUUAAACAAAGUGCUAGUUGGUUAAACACAUUUUCAAACAAUUACCGAGCCCUGCUGGGUGUAUUCCAUGGCACAUCUCCUGAAAGACAGCUAUGAAGACUUGAUCUCUUAUAAUUAUAUUUUUUGAUUUUGUAUUUCUCUUACCUGCGAGUUGUCUUGGAGUGUUUUUAUUGCAGAGAAGGCAAUGUUUCCAAAGUGAUUGUUGUUGCUCUCCAGCUUCUCUUGUUAUUUUAAGUUGAAUGCCAAUUAACCUUUACCUAACCACUGGGGCACAUGCAGAUCCAUCUGUGUUAAGACAAUCCAAUCUGACAAUCAGGAGGCUGAUUUUAUUAAUAAUAAAACACACAAUAAUUGAUAGUAACUACAAAACAAUGUCUGUUCUGAGUUUUUGUUAUUCUGCCAGUUAAUCAAUUCAAUCCAUCAUAAUUAGUAUCACCGUCACAGUAUGUUAAAGAAUGUUAAAAAAUGAUGUCACUGCAAACAGCUGCUAUAAAUGCAUUUCUGCAAACAGUUAACAUAUGUUGUCCUGUCGUUUUAAUAAGGUUGUUGGUAGGCAGGAUGUAGCGUGUGAGUGCACGUUUAUGGCAUGUUAAGUUCAGCAGCAUAUGACACAAUUUAACGAGAGCCUCCUUUCUGUUUAAGAAUAGUGGUGGGCCGAAUGAAUGAACUGGUUGUGUGGGACCCUGGCAGGAAGUGGACCAUGCUUAAUACUGUUGUUUAGACAGAGAAGUGUCUAAAUCCUGACCCUGUCCCCACUCCUGCAUUAGUGCAUCAUGGAAAGAAGAUCCCUCUGCUAGAAUAUAUAACCCAGAUGAUCCCUUUAUCUGUUUGAGAAACUAUUCGGAGCAGAGAAAAAUGCAAACAUUUAAGAAAAAAAGCUGCUUCCAUAGGAAUAUUAAGCAAUUUAGUACUUUUCACAUCCAUUUAUAUUUAGAUUUUUUUGUGAAUGUGUAUGUGUGUAUAUUGACAUGCUUUAUGUGCUGUAAUCUGGAAGGAUGUCACAUUUCUUAAUGUUUGUUCCAGUGGGUUUUUUGUUUUGUUAACAUAACAAUUACUGUCCGAAUUGUUUAAAAGACUGUAAAUACAACUGAACAUAAACAGUGUAUUAAAAAAAGACAACUCUAUAAAACAACAAAAAUACAUAGAAAUUGUAACACGAAAUUGGGAAGGACAUUGAGUAGCAGGACAUUAUUGUGUCUUUUUCACGUAAUUAUGUAAAACAUAUUAUAGACAUAGCAAGCAAUCAUCAUUAAGGAAAAUAAAUAAAACAAGAAGAUAUUUCAACUGGAUAUGUAAGUGGGACUUCAGUUUCUGCUUACAUCUGAAAAA